UAGAGAAACAUAUCUGAUUGCUCUUGGUUUCCUAUUCCUUCCAACAGUGAUGUGAGCUUUAAAAGGAAAGGACUGGGAAAAAGGGAAAGAAUAAAAAGCAACAGGAACUACUUACAUUGAUUAAACAACGAACUUUCUUGUGUUCCAAAUCCAUAUAUAAUUAAGAUCACAAACACUUGCACUCAUUACUCACCACAACACACACCAUAUAUAGCUCUCUUUCUUUCUCUUGUAUAUACCCUUGUAUCUGACCUUCCUUUGAGUACGUUUCACUUACAAAAUAGCUUCAUUUUUAGAUAACUAAAUAGUUGGCACCAAUCAAGGGUUGUUUUGUUUGUUUAUUCCAAAUAUGAAUCCUAACAAUGAUGGUCCUAUGAUUCUUGUGAAGGAAGAGUUUCCCGAAGGUGUGGCUAUUGCUCCACAACCAUUGGAGGGGCUUCAUGAGAUUGGUCCUCCACCAUUCCUCACAAAGACUUAUGACAUCGUCGAUGAUGUUUCCACUGAUGAGAUAGUUUCGUGGAGCAGAGGAAACAACAGCUUCGUUGUGUGGGAUCCUCAGGCUUUUUCCAUCACUCUUCUCCCCAGAUACUUCAAGCACAACAACUUCUCCAGCUUUGUCAGACAACUCAACACCUAUGGGUUUAGAAAGGUAGAUCCGGAUAAGUGGGAGUUUGCUAAUGAAGGGUUUCUUAGAGGACAGAAGCAUCUAUUGAAGAACAUAAGGAGAAAGAAGACAUUAACUAAUCAACAACAAGCUCUUCCAAUAGACCAUUGUGUUGAAGUGGGGAGGUUUGGAUCAUUAGAUGGUGAAGUUGAUGCAUUGAGACGUGACAAGCAAGUUCUCAUGGUGGAGCUAGUGAAGCUCAGACAACAACAGCAGAACACAAGAAACAACCUUCAAUCAAUGGAAAAUAGGCUUAAAAGGACUCAGAAGCAGCAGCAACAAAUGAUGAAGUUCUUGACAAGGGCAAUGCAGAACCCCAACUUCUUGCAACAAUUGGUUCAACAAAGGGAAUGGAGAAAGGAUCUUGAGGAGGCAGCUACUUUUUCCAACAAGAGAAUAAGAAGUGAUGUUGAAGAAUGCUCAAGUUUUGUUAAACUUGAACAUGAGGAGGAGCACAAUAAUGACAUAAUAUCAUCAGAGCUUGAGGUUUCUGACAUGGACCUUAUUAUUAUGAACACUGAGGAGGAGGAAGAGAAAUUAUUAGGAGCUGAAAUUGAAAGCAUUAAUGAGGAAGUACUCUGGGAAGAGCUUUUGAAUGAGGGUACUGAAGGAGAUGUACUAAUAGGAUUGGAAGAAGAUGAUGAAGAUAUAGUUGUGUUGGCUGAGGAACUUGGUUAUUUGGCCUCAACUCCCAAAUAAGGCAUAUUUAUAAUUUCUCCUGUUAGUUUUGUUUUAAGCUCCGUUUGUUUGCAGAUAAAUAAAGCAAAAAAAAGAGAAAAGAAAUAAACUGUAAAAUGAAAUGAGACUCUACUUUUACAUUCUAUUUUAAUUCAAA